AUGCAAGAUUAUCAAAAAAACUUUCUUGACUUGGCUGUUGAAAGUAAAGCUUUAAGAUUUGGUGAGUUUACUUUAAAGUCUGGUAGAAUUUCUCCAUAUUUUUUCAAUUUAGGUUUAUUUUCCACUGGUAAAUUAUUAUCAAAUUUAGCUUCAUCAUAUGCAAUUGCAAUUAUAAGUUCAGGUUUAGAAUUUGACGUCAUCUUUGGUCCUGCUUAUAAAGGUAUCCCAUUAGCUGCUAUAACUGCUUCAAAAUUGGCUGAAAUUGGUGGUUCAAAAUAUGAAAAAAUUUCUUAUGCUUUCAAUAGAAAAGAAAAAAAAGAUCAUGGUGAAGGUGGUUCAAUUGUUGGUGCUAAUUUAGAAGGUAAAAGAAUUUUAAUCAUUGAUGAUGUUAUGACUGCAGGUACUGCUAUUAAUGAAGCUUUUGAUAUCAUUAAAGCUGAAAAUGGGAAUGUUGUCGGUACUAUUAUUGCAUUAGAUAGACAAGAAAGAACUGUGGAUUCUCAAUUAAGUGCUACUCAAGUUGUUGCUAAGAAAUAUGAUAUCCCAGUCUUGUCAAUUGUUAGUUUAACUGAUAUCAUUAAUUAUCUUUCUGGUCGUAUUUCUGAUGAAGAGAAGUCAAAAAUUGAACAAUAUCGUGCUGAAUUUGCUCCUGCUAAUAUUAAAUAA